AUGGAGGGACUAACCACAGUGAAAUCAGAGCUGCUGCUGGUGCAGGUGUGGGACACGGCAGGCCAGGAGAGGUUCCGGAAGAGCAUGGUGGAGCAUUACUACCGCAACGUGCACGCCGUCGUCUUCGUGUACGACGUGACCAAGAUGACCUCCUUCACCAACCUCAAGAUGUGGAUCGAGGAGUGCAACGGGCACGCCGUGCCCCCCCUGGUCCCCAGGGUGCUGGUGGGGAACAAGUGUGACUUGAAGGACCUGAUCCAAGUGCCGUCCAGCAUGGCGCUCAAGUUCGCCGACGCUCACAACAUGCUGUUGUUUGAGACCUCGGCCAAGGACCCUCAGGAGAGCCAGAACGUGGACGCCAUUUUCAUGUGCCUGGCCUGCCGGCUGAAGGCGCAGCGCUCGCUGCUGUGCCGGGACCUGGAGGGGCGGUACGGGGAGGUGGUCAACAUCAACCUGGUGCGGGACAAGAAGACCGGGAAGUCCAAAGGCUUUUGCUUUCUGUGCUAUGAGGACCAGAGGAGCACCGUCCUGGCUGUUGACAACUUCAAUGGGAUCAAGAUCAAGGGAAGGACCAUCCGGGUGGACCACGUGGCCAACUAUCGGCCCCCCAAGGACUCCGAUGACCUAGAUGAUGUCACCAAAGCCCUCCAUGAAAAGGGCUGCGGGGUUAAAACGCCACCUCAUACCUCUUCUGAGUCCCAGUCAGAAGAUGAGGAUGUGCCUGUAAAAAAGCAGAAAGAGCACCCCCGGGUGAGGAUCAAGAAGGAGAAGGAGGACCCGGGGUACGAGCGCUACGCCAGCGGGAGCCACCCGCCCGGGAAGGGCUCCGAGAGGAAGCCUGGGAGCAGGACACAGCGGGAGGAGGAGGAGCGGAGGCACCAGAGGCCGUCGGAGAGGAGAGGGGAAAAGAGAAGCCAGGAGCAGAGGGGACACAGCAGUUGGUGGGAGGAGAGGGAGAAGCGGGAGGAGAGGGAGAAGCGGGAGGAGAGGGAGAAGCGGGAGGAGGGCAGCAGGAGGGGCGAGGGGCACAGCAGCCGGCGGGAAGAGGGUCCCGAGGGAGGCAGAUCCCGGGAGCGCGGGGCCAGGGCCUGGGGCAGCCAGUGGCCUGGUGUCCUCGGGGAAGUGCUGUGGUCAGUACCAGCCAAGGGCUGUGCCUUUUCCCAAAACGAAACAUUGCUCAUCAACGUCAUCUGUGGUGUGGUCUCGGGGGUGAUCUCCUCUGCACUUGCCAACCCCACAGAUGUGCUGAAGAUCCGCAUGCAGGCUCAGGGCAGUUUGUUCCAGGGUGGGAUGAUCGGCAGCUUCAUCGACAUCUACCAGCAGGAGGGCACCCGAGGCCUCUGGAGGGGUGUUGUCCCAACAGCUCAAAGAGCUGCCAUCGUGGUGGGGGUCGAGCUGCCUGUCUACGACAUCACCAAGAAGCACCUAAUUGUGUCAGGCCUGAUGGGGGACACCAUCUUUGCCCACUUUGUUUCCAGUUUCACCUGUGGGCUGGCGGGGGCCGUCGCCUCCAACCCCGUGGACGUGGUGCGGACGCGGAUGAUGAACCAGCGGGCGAUCGUGGGCAGCACCGAGCUCUACAAGGGCACUCUCGAUGGCCUGGUGAAGACGUGGAAGAGCGAGGGCUUCUUUGCGCUCUAUAAAGGUUUCUGGCCCAACUGGCUUCGGCUUGGUCCCUGGAACAUCAUCUUUUUUAUCACGUACGAGCAGCUGAAGCGCCUGCCCUUCUGA